UACUUUGAUUUGAAGCAAUACGUUCUUUCUUGUAAGGCAUAUGUAAGUAUUAACAUUUAAUAAUCAGGUAUCAUGGAUUUCCUAGGCUCCAAGCCUUCCUUUGCUUUAAACCGUCAACGGCCUUUGGCGAUAUGGGCACCCGCUGCUUCUCAGACUCCUCUUUUGGCUUCUCUGCCCUCUGUGUUCUCUUCUUACUUCUCUGACUCUCAUUUGCAGCUUGGUUGGCUCUCCUUUCACCUCCUGCUCACUAAAGUGUGUGUUCCUCAGUUUCUGUUUUGAGUUUUGCUUUUGCGUAUAGUAUCGCCUGGCAAAACUCACCCUCUCUUGGCCUUGGCUUUCACCUUAGUAGGAAUAACUGGAGUCAUUAGCCUCAGCCCUGACCUUCACGUAAUCUCUAGGCUGACAUUUCCAGACGCCUUGCUGGACAGCUCCCCUUUCCUGUGGCUGACACCUCCAGCACCCUGUGGUCUCUUCUGAGCUUUCUGUGUCUCCCUUCCUUUUGUUUUCCCCUUUGCUGCUAUUGGUCUUACUAUUUUAUAGCAUUUGAGUCUGGAAGCUUUUGAAACCCUACCCCUCUUGGCCUUAUCUCUCACAGUCAGCUGCUAAAACUUCACAUUUGCAUAUCCUAUUUUCUGAUGUCUUCAGAGUCCAGCACUUUUGACAUAUUUCUUAGAGUCAUGCUGUAGUCUUUUUGAGGAUCUUCUCACUUCUAGUCUCUCACUGUACAAGUUAAUUCUGUCUGUGCCACCAGAGGCUCUAACUGAAGUGCUUCUCUCUUACCUACAUGUAAAUAACACUUUGGUGACUCCCAUUACCUAGGUCUGAGGACCAACGUUUCAGUCCUUGUUUUUCUAAAAAGCUUUCUCGGGCUCCUCUCCCACUGCCCUCAUCGUCAGAUCAAAUCGAACUGUUCCCUGUGCCUCAUUCAUCUUCAUGCCACUGUGCCUUUGGUCAUGCUGUUCUUUUAUCUUGAAAUGCCCUGACUUCUCUCUAUUUCCAUACUUAACUUUAAUCUCAUCUUCAAGCUGAGUUUAAACACUGCCUUCAAAUUUCCUCUGAGGCCCCUAGAUAGGACGCUUUUCUAAAAUUUCAGUAACAUUGCAUUUGUAGUCUGUCUUAUUUGUGUUAACCAUUUUAUUACAGUUGCAUUUGUGUAAGUCUUCAGUUUCUUCAUAUACUACCAAUUUCUGGGUGACAGCAAUAAUAAGGUAUUCAUAUCUGCAUAUCCGUUAGCACUUUGGUGGAUUAUGGAGUUUCAAGGAAUUUAGAGGACAUCUGUUUUCACUUUUAUGUACUGUUUUUUCGGCAUCUUUGUUUACUUUAAUAUGAACACGGAGGCAGCCUGGCCUUUUUAACCAGUUACAGUUGUGACAGUUCUUACUGCUUCUACGUAGGUGCCUUACUCAGCUUUCUGGGGCCACAGAAAAUAAAUCCCUUUUUGGGUUGAUUGACAACCUGUACAUAUGUGGUGACAGCUCACAUGUUUAUGUUUUCUCUAUUAAUCUAACAUUCUGUUUUUCUACCUGUUCUUUACAUGACCUGGUUAAGCUCUUUCUGAGGAUCACCGUGUUUCUGGAGGCAUUCGCGUUCAGGAAGGCCAAGAAAUGUACAGUAUAGUUCAAGGACGAAAUGACCGUUUAUGAAUAUAAAUGUUUGGACUCUUGUUCAUAACUCAACCAACCAUCCAUGCCACCCCUUUUCAGAUGAGGUCAGAAGGUAAGAGAAUUAAACAGAGAAGUGGAAAACUUAUUUUAAGGAGUCAGUCUUAAUAUGUGAUGCUUUCCUCUGAAACCAGACAAGGGAAUCUUGGAAAUCAAAGGACUUUAGGACUCUGGCCAACAGAGCUGCUUUAUAAUCCGGAGUCCGCUCUACCUCUCUUCCUCCGUAUUGCCUUCAAAUAUCACACUUCAAGGAAUAGUGACUGGGCUUACCAAGUCCACAUAUAAACCAAAGGAGUCUGCUCAAGUGGGAAUUUGUCAACAGGUUACCUGAAUUUCCAGUAGAAGAGCCGAAAUGCCACCACCCGCAGGUGGCCCCCCACUCCACCCACCCCCUGAUGGAGGAUGGGGCUGGGUAGUCGUUGCAGCGUCUUUUAUCUCCAUUGGAUUCUCGUACGCCUUCCCCAAAGCCAUCACAGUAUUCUUCAAAGAGAUUCAGCAGAUAUUCAACACUAGCUACAGUGAAAUAGCAUGGAUAUCAUCCAUUAUGCUGGCUGUAAUGUAUGCAGGAGGUCCCAUCAGCAGUAUUUUGGUGAAUAAAUACGGGAGCCGGCCAGUGGUGAUGCUGGGGGGCUUGCUGUGCUGCGCGGGCCUGGUGGCGGCCUCCUUCGGAACCAGCGUCCUGGAGCUCUACGUCACCGUGGGCUUCAUCGGAGGUUUAGGUCUAGCCUUCAACCUGCAACCCGCCUUAACUAUCAUUGGCAAAUACUUCUAUAAGAAACGACCUAUGGCGAAUGGACUCGCCAUGGCAGGAAGUCCUGUUUUCUUAAGUACAUUAGCUCCUUUCAAUCAGUUCCUUUUUAAUACUUUCGGCUGGAAAGGAAGCUUCAUGAUUUUGGGAGGUAUACUGUUGAAUGCCUGUGUGGCUGGGGCUCUCAUGAGACCCGUCGGACCCAAACAAACUACUAAGUCUCAAAAUAAGAUUGGAGAAACAGAGCAUGAGUCAGGUGUGAAAAAACGCCCUAAGAAGAAAUCAGUAUGGAAAAAAAUUAAUGAGUAUUUAGAUUUCUCCCUUUUCAAGCACAGGGGAUUUUUGAUAUACUUAUCUGGAAAUGUCAUUAUGUUUCUAGGAUUUUUUGCCCCCAUUAUAUUCUUGGCUCCAUAUGCUAAAGACAAAGGAAUUGAUGAGUACUCUGCAGCCUUCUUGCUGUCUGUUAUGGCUUUUGUUGAUAUGUUUGCGAGGCCUUCUGUAGGAUUCAUUGCAAACACCAAACUUGUUCGACCUCGAAUCCAGUACUUCUUCAGUUUUGCAAUUAUGUUCACUGGAGUGUGUCAUCUCUUGUGCCCAUUGGCAGAAGACUACGUAAGCCUGGUGUUUUAUGCUAUAUUUUUUGGCCUUGGAUUUGGAAGUGUUAGCAGUAUCCUUUUUGAAAGUCUCAUGGACCUUGUUGGUGCUCAAAGAUUUUCCAGUGCUGUGGGCCUGGUCACAAUUGUGGAGUGUUGCCCAGUUCUUCUUGGCCCUCCUCUUGCUGGUAAAUUGGUGGAUGAAACUGGAGAAUAUAAAUAUAUGUAUAUAGCCUGCGGAGCUAUUGUGCUCCUGUCAAGUGUGUGGCUGCUCAUUGGCAAUACUAUAAACUAUAGAUUGCUUGCAAAGGAAAAGAAGUUGGAAAAAGCGAAGGAAGAAAUGCACAACAAGCCUGAGUCCAGAGAAUCUGAACCCUUGAACACAUCUAAACAACAUGAUGUUGAAGUCAGAAGUACACGACCAGGGAGUAAUCCUUCAGAAAGAGAAACUAAUAUAUAGCAAGAAUCACAUCUCUGUGUUUAUGACCUUUUUUUUUUU